CCCUCUCCCUCAUGCGCUCCUCUCCUCUCCUCGGAGCCUCCAGACGCGCAGCGCGGUGGCAGACGAGGCGCACGGAGCGUCCGUCCCUGUGAUUUCCAUCACACCGAGGAUCCUAUACAUUUCAUUCCGGGGGAGAAGCGGCAACUUGGGCACGCGUCCCCGCAUCCCCCUCAGCAACUUGUCACGCCUGAGGCAUCGGUUUCCCUCGCAGGAUAAGAAAGGAGCAGAGAUAACCCGCCGUCCCCUGAUGAAUCUCCUCACAUGCUCCUAAGCUGCUGGAACAUCUGAUCAUGAUUCAGCCUAGCAUUCGACUUUCCAUCUAAGUUGGAGAGGAGCCACAGAGCGAGAGAGAGAGAGCCUCGUCUCGGUCGGCGCUGUGGAGACGACUUGAAGAGCCUGAGAGCCGUCAUUUGCGCUGAGUGGCAGCGGGGUCAUCUGAUUACAGGAUGGUUUGUCCUUUCCCUGCCUUUGAAUCACUGAUGAAGCUGUCACGAUGGUCGAAGAAAUACCGUGGAACCUUUGAAGAAUGAACUUUCCAAACCGCUGGUUUGUUCUGGAGGGAAAAGCCAUUGAAGAUCAAACAAUCUCACCAGCAGUAAAAUCUGCUGGCCUUUUCUCAGUUCAAGGAUUCUGCUUCAGGAGGCAAAACCAGUCAUGACUUUUCUGGGAAGUGGACUACAGAAGAUUCUUCUUUGCAAAAACACUUCCACACAGUAACUUUUGGACAACUUCGUAUUUAAAAGGUGGAACGGCCAUUUGAAGAGAUCUGCCCCGAAGGGAGAUGGGAAGCUCGGCCAGCAUUAGCCAGUGGGAUAAUUGAACAGAAAACAACCCUCUUCAGAGGCGUGCUCCUCAAUGCCAGUGUAUCCCCGUUUGCCCCCAGUUCACCCACUGACGGCUGUUCCGAUCUUCUAAAAUCUGUUGAGCUUGCAGGGGGUUGUUUGCCUGUUACUGUAGGUCAUACUUAAUAUCAGAAACUCCAUAAGGUGGGGCAGAAACUAUACAAGAGUCAGAAUGACUGACUGUGUUACAAUACACACAGGUACUCUGCAGGUGGUAGAAAUCCAAUACGCUCUAUGACCUGCCCUGUAUUCAGCAGAUAACUUCAGAUUGAUUCGUGAUCCCAUGGAUUAACUUUCAAGAUCUCACACAAAGACCUUUUAAGUUUGCCCUGAUGGAGUUUUAUUUGGUGUAAAACUACAACUGAAAAACUCUCUCUGUCUUCAUGUAUCUUUUAUGUUACAUGUAGACCCAGGUUGGAUAUCUUUCUCUUUUUUUCCUCCUAUUUUUUUGAAUGAAAAUGGCUCCUUCUCGGACAACCGGACCUCGGGCGCUGUUGGCAGCUCUGGGUCUUCUCAGCUGCUGUAGCUUGGGCUCGUGUGAGGCCUCAAGGACUAGUGGUUCAACACCAGCAGGGAAUAGACAGGAGCAAGAUCCCUCGUCACUUGAGCGAGUCAAGAGGGGAUGGGUGUGGAACCAGUUCUUUGUGGUGGAGGAGUACACCGGCACGGAGCCACUAUACGUUGGCAAGAUCCAUACAGACUCAGAUGACGGUGACGGCAACAUCAAGUACACGAUCUCUGGAGAAGGGGCAGGCUCCAUCUUCAUCAUCGACGAGCAAACGGGAGACAUCCAUGCCACCGAGAGACUGGACCGCGAGGAGAAGGCUUCUUACACGCUUAAGGCUCAGGCCCGGGACGAGCUCUCCGAUGACCCGCUGGAACCCGAGUCAGAGUUUGUCAUCAAGGUCCAGGACAUAAACGACAGUGAGCCCAAGUUCACGGAGGGUCCCUAUAUCGGCAGCGUGGCAGAGCUGUCACCCAUAGGAACAUCUGUUAUGAAGGUUACUGCAUCAGAUGCCGACGACCCUGCGUACGGGAGCAGUGCCAGAGUGGUGUACAGCGUGCUGGAUGGAGAAAAGUUCUUCACUGUUGAUAGGCAAACGGGGCUCAUCAUGACAGCGGUGGCAGAUUUGGAUCGCGAGACGCAGGAUCGUUAUGAGCUGGUCGUCAAGGCAACAGACAUGGCCGGACAAAUGGGCGGUCUCUCCGGCUCCACCACAGUGACCAUAGUGAUCACAGAUGUUAAUGACAACCCGCCGCGCUUCCCACAGAAGAUGUACCAGUUUUCUGUGUCGGAGGGGGCGGCUCUGGGGACGCCGGUUGGACGCGUCAUCGCCACGGAUGCGGACAUGGGAGAUAACACAGACAUGAGCUACGUGAUCAAAGAGGGAGGCGAUCUCUUCAAGGUCACCACUGAUGUGGAGACCCAGGAAGCUGUUGUCUCCAUCAAGAAGCAACUGGACUUCGAGAGCAAGCGAACGCACAACGUCGUGGUGGAGGCGGUAAAUAAGCACGUUGACCCCCGCUUCGUGGACCUGGGCUCCUUCCGAGACCAGACCAUCGUGCGGGUCAGUGUGUCGGACAUUGAUGAGCCACCCAUCUUUCAACCUGCAGAGGGCACUAUCAUGGAAGUGCAGGAGGAUGCGAAAGUAGGCGCUCUGGUUGGCGUCGUCACUGCCAGAGAUCCGGAUGUGAAGGAUAUACCUGUCAGGUUCUCCAUCGAUCGGACCACAGACCAGGAGAUGAUCUUCCAUAUUGAUCCGGACUCGGGGGCCCUCACACUGGGCAAGAUUCUGGACAGGGAGACUGCAGGCUGGCACAAUAUCACUGUGAAGGCUGUGGAAGCAGAUAACCACACCAUGGCCUCCCACUCAGCAGUGAGCAUUCGGAUCCUGGAUGUCAACGACAAUCCUCCGGAACUGGCCACACCAUACGAAGCCUCGAUAUGUGAGGACUCCAAACCAGGACAGCUAAUUCACACCAUCAGUGUGGUGGAUAGAGACGAGCCACAAACUGGACAUCGCUUCUUCUUCACCCUGGCGCCCGAGGCUUCCAGCAAUCGACACUUCACCCUGUGGGAUGUUAAAGACAACACGGCCGGCAUCCGGACCCAGCGGUCAGGCUUCAACCGCCACGAGCAGAAUGUGUACUUCCUGCCGAUCCUGGUGGUCGACAGCGGGCCUCCCUCCCUGAGCUCCACAGGCACCCUGACCAUCCACGUCUGCGGCUGCGACACUGACGGAGCCAUCCAGUCCUGCAAUGCCACAGCCUAUGUAAUGAGUGCUGCUCUCAGCCCUGGGGCGCUUAUAGCACUACUGGUCUGCAUGCUCAUCCUCAUAGUUCUCGUCUUGCUGAUCCUGACCCUGAAACGCCACAGGAAGGGCCAGCGGAUGGCAGAGGACGAGGAGGACAUGAGGGAUAACGUCAUCAAGUACAAUGACGAGGGCGGAGGGGAGCAGGACACUCAGGCAUACGACAUGAGUGCCCUGAGGAACCUCUAUGACUUCCCAGAGGCCAAGAGCUGUGACUCUGGCCCGGACAUUCGCUCACUGCCGCAGUGGAUACAGGCGAGCCGAGGAACUGGUGGUGCAGAGGGAACCGCGGCGGCGGCGGCUGUGGCGACGGCAGACUUCUCUCUAUUCAAAGGCUACAUCCGGAAGAAGGUGGAGCAGGCCGACGCUGACCUGUCGGUCCCGCCGUACGACUCCUUCCAGACGUACGCCUUCGAGGGCUCCAGUUCACCAGCGCUGUCACUCAGCUCCAUCCACACGCUGUCCACCUCCUCGGAGCAGGAUUUCUCCUACCUCAGCGACUGGGGGCCGCGUUUCAGGCAACUGGCGGGCUACUACGCUCCGGGAAACCCAGAGGAGGAAGGAUCCUAGCACAGCUCCUCCUCUGCAGAGAGACAUUUAAACUCCCUCUCCUCCUCCUCCUCCUUCCUCCUUCUUCUCCUUCUCUGCCUCCUCUUCUCACCCUCUGGCCCUCUAUUGAGAUCAUCAGAGCCAGCACUGUGUACUCCUUAAAACAGAGCACAGCUUCUUUAUCUCUUUGAAAGAAAGUUCCCGGCGUCAAAGUUUGAACUCGAGAUUUUUUACUUCUGAUUGUUUUUUUGUGAGAUUUCAGACGUCAACAUGAAAGCUCUGGCGAUGUUGGGAGAAAGAGGAACAAAAGAGAGACGUCCACGUCUAGUCACGUGUGAAGGGACGACUUCUUUUCUCCCCCUAACCGUAAAUGAAAAUCCUUAUUUUAAGCUAUGAGACUGUUUUCAGAAUUCAGAGAAAGAAAAAAAAAAAAACACGUCAAAGCAAACUGUCUGAGAAACAAGUAUUUAUUUAAGGAGGAAAUAUUUAUGUAUUUAUUUGUUUGUAUGUAUUUAUUUAUUUAUUUUACAUCAUUAUUACAUCAUGAAAAGCUGCGACAGUGAACUCUGCCGAAGUGCCGAAGAAACCGGGGAAACGAGGAGGACGACCGGCAACACGGCAGAGGACUCGACACAAUGCUGCUGCAGACACGGCGCCCGGGUCAUAUAAAAACUACAUUCUGGAAAAUAUUUGUAUUUAUUUUCUAUGACCGCUUUUGUAAAAUAACCGACUUAAGAGAGAAAAAAAAAAAAUGGCGAACAGAAAGAGGGAACAGAUGCAUUGAAAGGAAACUCCGAGAGCUGCCAGUUCAGUCUGAAUGCUUGAUGCCUGACAUACUUUUUUGCCGUAUUUUAGUGAUUUACUACGGGGGGGGUUGUUUUUGUUUGAAGGUCACAAAACUGAGGGACAAUUGUGUGUCAACAAUUUCUUUUCUUAUCCCGUCCACAGCCAUUUGUAAGGCAAUAAGGCACAAACCGCAGCAGUGAUUUAAGACUAAUCAAAAUGACUGUUUCAUGGAAUUGGCUGGUGGCCGCCUUCGUCCCACAGGGAGCCAAUCCUCAUUCCAGAAUUGUGUGUGAAUGUGUUCAAUAUGUUCCAUUAAUUUUAUAUCC